UCGACGUGUUACCUGCCGCCACGGUGCUGUGACAAAAGCAAUACAGCCGAAGGAAUACGUGUGUGACCUGUUCCGUUUGCUUCUCGUGGUAUUUUGCUGUACUUUUACACUCUCCCACCAGGAAUGAUUGUGACGGUGGCAAAAAGAAGUAAAUGCAACAGAGCAAGGGAAAUAUCGCAUUAAUAGUAACAUAAAUGCACUGUUCAAUUGUAUGCAAAAUCCAAAUUCUCAGAGAAGUAAUGUUGCAGGAAAUGUAAGAAAUAAAGUGGAAUGCACUUUGUUAUAUCAUCUCAUUGCAGUUACCAUAUUCAAUCUCAUAAUAAUAGCAACAACAACAACUUAGUAACUGCAGACAGGGUGAAUGAGUUCGGAAAUUCGUUUAAUCGAAAUUGCAUUGAAUUGCCGACUGCUUGACCGUUGACGCUGUUGGCGGUUUGGGAAAAGACCGCGUCGCUAGUUAAUAAUAAUAAUAAUAUGACUUUUAUUCGUCGGUCGGUUCGUCCAUGUCAGUAGCCGCGCGUCGCGUCGCUGCAGAGUCGCGGUGGUCCGAAAGGAGAAUGAGGACGUGAAUUCUGCAUUAUAUUGUGAGGGUGGGAGGACAGUGCGGACCCGAUGGAGGACGGCGGCGGCGGCGGCAGCGGCGGCAGGGCGCUCGGGCUGGCCCCUCACGCUCCGCUGGCGCUCGGCGGACUACAGGUGCCUCUGUUCCUGCGCGCGGCGCCCUGCGGCGCGACCCUGGACCGCGCGUACCCGCGCACGCCCAAGUGCGCGCGCUGCCGCAACCACGGCGUCGUGUCCGCGCUCAAGGGCCACAAGCGCUUUUGCCGCUGGCGGGACUGCGCGUGCGCCAAGUGCACUCUCAUCGCGGAGCGCCAGCGUGUCAUGGCCGCGCAGGUAGCGUUGCGCCGGCAGCAGGCGCAGGAGGAGAGCGAGGCGCGCGAGCUGCGCUUCGUGUACGCCGGAGGGGCUGGCGCGGGAGGCGCGGCGGGCGGCGGGAGCGCGCUCCUCUCCUCCGGAGCGUCGGAGUCUGCGACGACGUGCGCCCUGAGGAAACCGGAGGAGUACGAGGCGUUCGGAGCGGUCGAGCAAAAAAAAGCAGACAAAGUGCCCAAGUACAGCCCUUACAGCGGUUUCGUGGGGCGUCCCCUGUUCGUUCCCGCGCCGCUGUGCUCGGAGCUCGGUACGGCUUCCGACAAAGAGGGCGAGCUUCAGUCCCCCGUCUCCGACCGGCUGUCCGACCGCACGGGCAGCCCGGGGUCACCGUCCUCCCUGGCCGAGGUCGAGUCCGGUAGCGAGUCGGAGAGGCGGAAGGAGUACCCGAAAGCGGAAGGCGGGGCGGCCGCGGCGCCCCCGUCGGGUCCCCGGGACCCGACCGACGUCAUGGUGAAGAUCUUUCCGCAGCACCGCCGGGACGCGCUGGAGUCCGUGGUGCAGAGCUGCCGUGGGGACAUCGUGAAAGCCAUCGAGGUGAUGCUGGGCGCCAAGGAGAACAAGUGCGGCCCGGACGGCGUCGGCGUCCCCGCCCCCGCGGCCGAGACUCCGCCCCUGCCGAGGACCGCGGGCUUCGGGUUUCCCGGGGGCGCGUUGGGUGCGAUGGGCGCCAAGUCGGCCUUCUCCCCGCUGCAGACCCCUGCGGGUUCCGUCGGCUGCGGCGACGGCGUGUACGGCCUCGCUCCGCGCUUGGGCAUCGGCCCUUUGAGGGUGGCAUACUCGAGCCCCGGCGGGGGAUUCGCCAGUUUCGUGUCCCCGUACGUGGCGCCCGGCCUCAUGCCCGGCUUCCCCCUGCGACCCCCCGUGGACUACCCGUUCUCCGGCAUGAUUCGCGAGCUGCCGUACCUGCAAAGCAAGGACCUGUGCGGCACCAGCGGUCUCUACUCGAGACUGGGGCCCGACAAGUAGCGGGAGAAGGAAGGGGUCGCGGUUGUGGCAUGGGGUCUGGGAACGUGGGACGAACACCGCUUUACCCCAGCUGUGCGCUGUUUGCGUGGUUAUAUGUCUACAGGGAUGUAAUGUUUGUAAUGGCUUUUAUAUUGACUCUCUUAGUCUUAACUGUAAUGAGAUUAUUUUGAAAUGAAUAUGUUUUGUAAAGUUUCAUAUCAUGUAAAUAAAAAGUAAAAACACAC